AUGUCAGGGAACAACAGCAGUCAGUCAAACUUAUCUUCACGCAACAAUCACAACUCAGGCGUUGAUGAUUUACUAAUGAACAAUUUAAACAUAGGUAUUCAGAGACCUGUUAGUAAUAUGACGUCCUCAUCAGCAGUGUCAAUCAACAACCAACCACCUAAGCAAACACCACCCACAGUUCCACCACAGUCAUCAUCUACAUCUUCUCACCCGCAGUUGAAAAGUGAUAUUCAAGCAAGACUAAUGGCGUUUCAACAACGACGCGCUAAACUUGGAAACUCUGAUUCCAAUAACUCUCAACUAUCAUCAUCCAUGUCCCCACCACCACUAGUGAAUGAUGGCGAGAACAACACAAGUACGAAUACUUCAAGAAAUCAUCUGCAAACAAGUAUAUCGGAAAAGCAACUCCCGCCAUUACCAGGUUCAGAAUCUAUUAGAUCAGCAAUGUUCAACAAUGACAAACGAACACUUCUGCACGAGUCAAUAACUAGUAGCAGUACUCCUGGUUCUCCAGUAUCUGCGCCUCCAGAUUCAACUCAACAAUUCACGUAUCCUAUGCCAACGCGUGGUCAUACGAUUAGUGGACGAAUACCAUCUUCCAAUCUGACUCAAACUAUAGAUUUAAAGAAGAAGCCGUCUUUAUCACAAAGAAGAGGUAUGAAGUUAAAUGUCAGUGAUUUGGCAAUUGGUAAUAGUACUCCAAAUACCCCAUCUCCAAGAAUGUUAAGUCCGGUAGCGUAUCCUGACAAUAAUCAAGGUGAUAUAUCAAGUGCAGGAAGUUCUUCUAGCGUAAACAAUAAUAAUAGACCGACUUCAGAAAUCAUCAUGUCUCAAACACCAAUAGCUAAUCAAUUAUCUGUAACACCACAUGAAUUAUCUAGAAGAUUAUCAGAACGGAAGAAUAAACCAAAUUUUAAAUUGAAUCUUGAUGGGAUGACAAGUAACGAUUUACCAAAUUCAAUGCCAUCAUUAUCACGUAGCGCCAGUCUUACUAGAUCUUCCAACCCUACUUCAAAUUCAUCUGAAGGAUGCACGCCAGAGGAGAAGCAACAACAACANCAACAGCAACAGCAAGAACAAUCAAAUUCACAAAUGCAAUCACCACAGCAAACUCCCAACAACAACAACCUUCAUGGUUUAUUCGCCAAUUAUUCAAAAUAUGUCGAUAUAAAAUCCGGACAAUUGAAAUUUGCCGGCAAGGCAUCCUUACAUUCCGAAGGGGUUGAUUUUCUGAGUGGAUCUUCAUUCCGUAUCUCAUUGGAUGAACUUGAAUAUAUAGAAGAAUUAGGUCAUGGAAAUUAUGGAUCAGUACUGAAGGUAUUACAUAAACCAACUGGAGUAUUAAUGGCAAUGAAAGAAGUUCGAUUAGAAUUAGAUGAAACUAAAUUCACCCAAAUCUUGAUGGAAUUAGAUGUAUUACAUAAAUGUAAUUCACCAUUUAUUGUUGAUUUCUACGGAGCAUUCUUUGUUGAAGGGGCAGUAUAUAUGUGUAUUGAAUAUAUGGAUGGUGGAUCUUUGGAUAAGAUAUUUGGUAGUAAUAUUGGAUGUAAAGAUGAAGCAGCAUUGGCAUAUGUUACCGAAUCGGUGAUACGAGGAUUGAAGGAAUUGAAAGAUAAACAUAACAUCAUCCAUCGUGAUGUGAAACCUACAAAUAUAUUGGUGAAUACACUUGGAGAGGUUAAACUUUGUGAUUUUGGAGUAUCAGGGAAUUUGGUUGCUUCAUUGGCGAAAACCAAUAUUGGUUGUCAAUCAUAUAUGGCACCAGAAAGAAUAAGAAGUAUAACACCCAAUGAUGCAACAUAUUCCGUUCAUUCGGAUAUUUGGUCCCUUGGGUUAACGAUUUUAGAAAUUGCCGUUGGUCAUUAUCCAUAUCCUCCUGAAACUUAUGAUAAUAUAUUUUCUCAAUUAAGUGCAAUAGUUGAUGGAGAACCACCAAAAUUAGAUCAAUCGAUAUUUUCCAAAGAAGCACAAAUGUUUGUCAAAUCUUGUCUUAACAAAAACCCCGAUUUAAGACCUUCAUAUGCCGCAUUACUUCAUCAUCCAUGGUUAGUUAAAUAUCGUGGUCAAGGUUGUGAACUUAUUCGUGAAGCUGUAACGAAGAGAUUGGAUGAUUUGGAGGAAAUUAAGAAACAAAGAAAGGCUGGUGGUGUGAGUAGAACGAAUAGUAGAACGGCGGCAAUUCCACCACCAACUAGAGAAAAUGUUCAAUCAUUGUUGAGAAGUAAAGUGAAAGCACCUGCAUUACAUAGAGGAGGUUUGACGAAUAUGAAUUCAAGUUUCUUGAAUCGUUCAAAAUAG